CGAAAAUGGCGUCUAGUCAGGGGGGUGUGGGAGCUGCCGCGGCUCUACAGAGCCUCCAGCACUCCGGUGGACCUCACUGGAGCCCGGGAAUCAGCCACUUUCAGCAGCAUCACCACAACCACCAGCAGCACCAGCAGCAGCAGCAGCAGCAGCACCACACGGCUCGCAGCCUGGACCGGGCUCUGGAUGAUGCCGUGUGCUCGGGGAUACUGAACCUGAGCGGUAGGAAGCUGAGGGAGUACCCGGGCAUGAGCUACGAUUUGACGGAUACAACACAAGCAGAUUUGUCCAAGAAUCGUCUGACAGAAAUCCCUCCAGAAGUGUGUCUGUUUGCCCCCCUCGAGUCACUCAUUCUCUACCACAACUGCAUCAAGUGUGUCCCAGAGGCUAUCAUCAAUCUGCAGAUGCUGACUUAUCUUGACAUCAGUCGAAAUCUCCUGUCCGUUUUGCCAAAAUACCUGUUCAGCCUCCCUCUCAAAGUUCUGCUUGUGAGCAACAACAAGCUGGUUUCCAUCCCCGAGGAGAUCGGCAAGGCCAAAGAGUUGAUGGAAUUGGACGUGAGCUGCAAUGAGAUCCAGGUUCUGCCAGCUCAGGUGGGAAGGCUUCAUGCCUUACGGGAACUCAACAUCAGGAAGAACUGUCUUCACAUGCUGCCUGAGGAGCUGGCUGACCUGCCCCUCAUCCGACUUGAUUUCUCCUGCAAUAAGAUCACAGAGAUUCCUCUGGCCUACAGGAAACUCAGGCAGCUGCAGCACAUCAUCCUCGACAACAAUCCUAUGCAGUCUCCACCUGCACAAAUUUGUCUCAAGGGCAAAGUGCAUAUAUUCAAGUACCUGAACAUCCAGGCGUGUAGGAUGGAUAAGAAACCAGACACCCUGGACCUCCCCUCCCUCGGUAAACGUUGCCUUCCACAGCCACUCACAGAUAGCAUAGAAGAUAUUUACCCCAGUAAGAACCACGGGCCUGACUCUGGAAUUGGGAGCGACAACGGUGAUAAGAGGCUGUCUACAACAGAGCCUUCAGACGACGACACCGUCAGCCUGCACUCCCAGGUUUCAGAGACAGCCCGUGCUGACGCCCUCUCGCUCCUCUCCAAAAUGGACUCUUGCAAAGAUCAGGAUCUCUAUGACUUUAUAGAUCCCAACCCUGAUGAGGAGCCUGCUCUCUCAGAGUGUGAUGGGCAGCAGAGUCAUAUGUCGUGUAUAAAGGAACUGGAGAAAGUUCUUCACUUGUCACAACAAGGCAAAGAUAAAGACAGCUGGAAAGAGGAGUCAGGUUCUGACAAGGAGCAGCUCGUUGAGGAAGAGGACGAUGAGCUGAAGGAGGUGCUGGAUUUGAGGAAGAUCGCUGUUCAGCUUUUGCAGCAGGAGCAGCAGAAUAGACGGCGAUCCUUAAUUUGCAGAGCAGAGAGUCUUAUUCACCGACGGAGAGUAACUGGCCGGGCACACAGGUUUCUAAGUCACUCUGGAAGUUCCAGCAGCAAACCAAGGGCUCCGCCUCAGACAACUCGAAGUGCUUCUCUGGAUGAAGGAAGCAGUGGAGCGUCAGUGCUGAGUGGACAGCCCUCGUCUUCCUGCUCCUUUGACGGCAGCUUGAAGACGGAUGAGUCAGACUCUGAGCCUAAGUGGCCCGAAGUCCCACCGAUCCUCAAUCAGAAUGAAGAUCGCAGGAGGAACAAGUACCUGAGAAAAGAUUAUCUCAAGUACAAGUGUCAGAGUUCUCGGAAAAGCUGCGGGAACGAGGACUGUGAGGAGGGCUUGCGUAACGCAGACUUCAGCACCACUUUAACAGUGUUUGGACUAAAGCCAAGAUCAGCCUUCACCAAAGGAAGUCGGCAGGAGUACAGCUCCACAGACCCCAGCUUCACUAUAAGGAGGAAGAUGGAGCACUUGAGAGAGGAAAUGGAGCAGAUAGGACUCUUGCGGCAGAACAUUGAGUCCAGACUCAAGGUGUUGCUCCCAGAUGACGUUGGAGCCGCUCUGAUGGAUGGAGUCGUCCUCUGCCAUUUAGCCAAUCACAUUUGUCCUCGGUCUGUCGCCAGCAUCCAUGUGCCGUCGCCUGCAGUGCCAAAACUGAGCAUGGCUAAAUGCCGUAGGAAUGUGGAGAACUUCUUGGAUGCCUGUAAGAAGCUGGGUGUUACACAGGACAAGCUGUGCCUGCCCCAUCACAUCCUAGAAGAGCGCGGCCUGGUGAAGGUGGGCAUGACCGUCCAGGCUCUGCUUGAUCUGCCCGCACUGAAGCCCUCACAACUGUCAGCUGUUUGACACAAGCAGCUAUUCAGCCAACUCCUGCCCCCAGCCUCAACCCAACCCCUAUCUCCAGGGAUCACGGAGCCCCAGUCUGAGGAACCGGUGGAUUUUCUGCCUGACUGAAACAGGAGACAAGAAAUACCCCUCAUCUCCUGAUAUGAUGUCAGCCGCCGCCCACUUUCUCUCCAUCACAUCUUCAUUUGUGUCCUGCUCUAUAGUUACUGGGGUCAUCCUGUAUGUGUGUGGACUUGCAAUGUUUGUUUUCUGAGCUGCACAGUUUGGGCUUGCUGAGAAGGGACAGACGAGACAGAGGGUCUGUAGACAGACCAUUACACCCCUCUCAACAUGCUCAGUAUUAUCGAGCAGUAAGUGCCAGUGCUAACAAUGUUUUACAUACAGCCGUUGGAAACAUCGGCAGAGAGGUGAUGACCGAUAUAUCACUCACUUUUUCAUCAAGGAGACCUGAGUGGCAUGCUGGCUUCGUAACCCUAAACCACUGCCUGUGGUUAUCGAGUGGUUCUCACACUCUUGAGUUACAGCGUUGUACCUGAUUUUAUUCUCAUGAAUUUUCCAAGAGUUCUGUUUUUUACAGUUUGCAUCAGAUCCACUACUGCACCUCAUGUUCAGUAGCCAAUCCUGAUUCAUAUUUGCCAAGUAUUGCAUUUUAGCAAUUGCAUCCCCUCUGCUUAUCGAGGGAGAAUGCAAGGCUUGUCCCUUCUUAAGGGAGUACAGUAGACCCGAUCUGCCCAUUUUGAACACGGGUGUGGUUUUUGACAUAUUUACAGAUCAUGCACAAGUUUUUUUCUUAAUACAAACCUGCAUGCACCGGGGGAAGUCACAUUUGACCACUGUGAGAACAUGUUGGACUGUUGUCAAAAGCAUGAAGCUCCUGUUUUGUAGCAUUUGCAGUGUACAUGCAAAGUUUCCAUAUUUGAAAAAUGAUAUCCUAAACUUUUCUAACGGUUUUAUACUUUCAUCCCAGUUAAUGCUUCCCAUUAAGUUCAGAUCAUGGGUUUGCCAUGUUAUAUAUAAAGCAGAUUUUUAUUACUUUUCCUCACCUCAUAUGAAACACGUUUGUAUUGUGUGUGUUUAUGAGUGGAGGGGUCUGAGUGAUCGGCCCCUGUGAUGAUCACUCCUCAAUUCUCUCACACAUGAUGUGAUCUUAUCCACAGCCCAGCCGCCCUGAUGUUUGUGUUCAUUAUUAUUUCAGGGAAAUUAUUUAUGUAUUUAUUCACUUAUUUUAUAUUUAUAUUUUCUUGCUUUGUGCUGACUUCUUUUUUCUAUGGAAGUUUUUAUAUUAGCUAACACUGGCAUAAGAGGAGGGGCUCGAUUCUGACACAAACAUUGAGCUGAUUGUGUCAGCCAACCAGCUUUACAGAUGUGGUGACGCAAAUUCCAAAAUUAUGUGACACGGCAUUGUAUGUUAAUGCAAAACAAUUCCCUUAUUUCUGCAGGAUAACAUCAGUCAUCUUGCUGUGUUGUCAGCAUGCAAGUCUUAUUUAUUUUGAUGUGGCACCAUCUGUUUCAGAAUGUACCGUCACGAACCAUCUGAGCGUUGUGCUAAGUGUUUCCAUUUGUACAUUUUAAAACUUUAUUUUUGCUCUCUACUUAUAAUUGGUAGUUCCAGAAAACCCUUUCUCCACAGAGUGUAGCAAAGUCACCAGUUGGAAGCAGUUGUAGGACACUGGUUUGCCUUGAUUACAUCUUUUUUCUGUCUAUUUACCCUCAGAAUUGAUCUCCUCAGUGACCCACAUGAAUGCUGGUAAAUGCAGGCUACAAUCAAUAAAAAUCAUUUCUCA